AUGCAUCAUAGGCUUGUCACACAUAUGGGCGCAAACGAUGACAGUGCCAAAGAAGUUCUCCUGCCCAUUUCUAUGUCAAGUGAAAAUCUUUCGAAAGGCGAAAAUGACCGACGUGAUAUUCUCUUCAAAGCGUAUGUUGUCAUAACGAUGACAUGGUUAUGGACUGGCUACACUCUUACUGUGCGGUAUACGCGAACUGCUGUUCCGAAAGAUGAGUUGUAUGCCUCCAGUACCGUUGUUCUGAUGGCUGAAGUUGUGAAGGCUGUGCUUUCACUGAUUAUGCUGUUCAUAGAGAGUCGCUAUAAAUUCCAAGAUUUUGCAAUGUGUAUUCAAAAGUACUACUUGGACGCCCCUCGCGAACUUUUCAAGAUGAGCGUACCUUCCGUUGCUUAUGCUUUACAAAAUAAUCUGGACUUCAUCGCGCUUUCUCAUCUCGAUGCUGGAUUAUACCAGGUCACGACGCAACUGAAAGUGUUCACUACUGCGAUAUUCAUGAUGCUGUUCCUCGGGCGGAAGUUCUCGCGAACUAGAUGGGCGGCUAUACUCCUUCUUUUCUUUGGUGUCGCUGCUGUUCAGCUCAACAAUGCUCACGACACUAAUCAGGAAAAGAAGGGAAAUUAUCUCAUAGGAAUUUCGGCGGUUCUCGCCACGUGCAUUACAGCCGGAUUUGCGGGUGUAUACUUCGAAAUGAUGCUUAAAGGAAGUGGCACAACCCGUUCUGGAUUAACGCAAUCUUCUAGAUGUACAGUUACGACAGUGCAUUGUGGCGUUUUUUAUUCAACUGCUAAUGUAAGCGCGCUUAUCGGUUGUUUGUUUUCUGAAGGUGAUUUGAUAAUCGAACGCGGUUUCUUCUACGGGUACGACAUCAAGGUGUGCGCCAUUGUUGGUUUCUUGUCCUUCGGUGGUACUUACAUUUCAUUGGUGAUGAAAUAUCUAGACAAUCUCCACAAGAGUUUUGCUUCUGCUGUUUCCAUUAUCCUAGUUGUUAUAAC